AUGGCUAACGCUGAGCAGCCUGCUUGUGGACAUGUUGUCGCAUUUGCGUUGCCGUUUUGGAGCCAUAUCAAACCGUUGUGUGCGUUGGUGGCCAGAAUCGUUCGCCAUCAUAGCGUAGCUGCGACAUUCUUCACAGAAGUAUCAAUUCUCGACAAAGUCCUCGACGAGUUCACGCGGCAGUUCAUCACGGAGAACGACAAGAAUAUGCGAGAGCUCAUAAGAAUUGUCGCGCUACCAGCUCUCCCGGCCCCUUUCAAGUUCGAACCUUACGUAUCCGCAUUUAUUGAUGCAUACAGGGCACUAUUCGAAGGUCGGCCAGUGCAGACUUCUUCUGGAAAUGACUUUGUCCAUGCUGUGCGAGCGCCUCAGCUCGUAAUCAUUGAUUUCUUCUGUUAUGAUGCUCUGUGCGGGAUCCGGUCCAUCAGUGGACCAAAAGUACCAAUAUUCGCCUGGCAAGUUGGUGCUGUCUCAGCACUUCUAUUUAUGUUCGGACCCGAGGAAAUGGGAGGAAAUGGGGACCUAGCGAAGAAAUUCAGUAAAAUUCGUGCAGACGACCAAGAAAGCCGAGAGAAAGAGAUCAUGGCCAUAUAUCGUAGAUUAAAAGACCAGCUUAUUGAGCUGCCUGGUAUACCGCCUAUGUACGAUUAUGAAUUUGUUCCGCAGACCCCACGAAUUCUGAAGUACUUCAACAGACGGCCCUACCUGGAAAAUCAGUCAAUGUGCCCCUCAUGUUCCAAUACGCACAUAGGAGAAGCGAUCAAUAAAGCUCAACAAUGGUUUGGCACACGGCCCGUCUUGGCCGUUGGUCCUCUCUCUCCUCCUACAACUUCGACGGAGAUCGAAAAUGAACAAUCCAAGUCUCCAAUCACUCGUGACAUGGAAACUUUUCUCGACAGUGCCCUAAUUAAAUAUGGUCUGAACUCUGUUGUAUAUAUAUCGUUUGGCACGGUAUGGUGGCCAGCCGAACCCGAGAAAAUAUGGGCCAUUAUAGAUGUUCUCAUCGAACAGGAAACCCCAUUCGUUCAUUACGCAUCUCCUAUGGCGAGGAUUCCGGAAGAAGUUUCCACAAGGAUCCAGAUUUCGGGACUGGGAUUGACAGCACCAUGGCUUCCUCAGCAAACGAUAUUGCACCACAAGGCUUGCGGAUGGUUCAUAUCACACUGUGGUCAAAAUUCUGUCAUGGAGACGCUCGGUGCUGGAGUUCCCCUCAUUUGCUGGCCGUUUGAUGUAGACCAGCCUAUAAAUGCUGCAAACAUUUGUGUCGUUCAUGAUGUUGGAUACGAGCUAUUUGAAGUGCGCACAGAGUACGGGCUACGUCCACUGCGCAGGCUCGGAAAUCGAGCUCCAGAGGGCACCAUCGAAGCCGUUCGGCGUGAAGCGACUGAAAUAUUCUCUAAGGCACGAGGCGAAGACGGACAGAGGAAAAGGAAGAAGGCACAAUGGUUCAGCGAGAGGCUUGCAGAAGGCUGGGAGCGCGGUGGACUGGCAUGGCUCGAUCUGAACAAAUUGAGUAGUAUAUUCGUAUAG